CUUGUUUUUUCUCCGGACCCAAGGGUGCUCAGGAGCCCCGCAGCCCCCGCCUGUCUCGCACAAAGCGUCUCUGAGAAGACAGCGGAUUUUCGGGCUGCGUGGACCACCCCACCCCGGGCAGACCCCAGAGCAUGGCAUACAUCCAUGAGAGUGAUGGGAGUUCCAGCAGCAGCCACCAGAACCCCAAGAGCACAGCCAAAUGGGCGGCUUCUCUGGAGAAUCUGCUUGAAGACCCAGAAGGCGUGAAAAGAUUUAGGGAAUUUUUAAAAAAAGAAUUCAGUGAAGAAAAUGUUUUAUUUUGGCUAGCAUGCGAAGAUUUUAAGAAAACGCAAGAUAAAAAGCAGAUGCAGGAAAAGGCAAAGGAGAUCUACACGACCUUUCUGUCCAGCAAGGCCUCGUCCCAAGUCAAUGUUGAAGGCCAGUCCCGGCUCAAUGAGAAGAUCCUGGAGGAACCACACCCACUGAUGUUCCAGAAACUCCAGGACCAGAUCUUCAACCUCAUGAAGUAUGACAGCUACAGCCGCUUCUUAAAGUCCGACCUGUUCUUAAAACACAAGCGCACCGAGGAAGAGGAUGAAGACCCUCCCGAUGCCCAGACGGCAGCUAAAAGAGCUUCGAGAAUUUAUAACACAUGAGCCCCUCAAGAUGUUGGUGGGACUGGCAGCUUUCAGAAGCAAAAGGACUCACUCUCAGGACCGUGCAGGGUUUAUAACCGCUUUGUUAUCUGCAAGGACUGAAAUGUACAAAACCCUUCAAUGGGAUAAGUGUAUUUUAUUUCCUGCUUGAUCAGUAAGUUUUGCAUGAUGGCUCAUCUUACAUAAAGAGACAAAUAGCUUUGAAGUUUUAGUUCUUACACACACACACAAAGGUGGAAUCGUCCUUCAACACUGGACAUUUUGAGUGUUUUACAGCUUGAUUAAACUUCAUGUGAGGCCACCAGGUGAAACUUAACAGCCACCUCUUGCCUUGGAAGUCUUUGCCUUGCCUCUGCAGGAGGGUAAUGUGUGUCCACUUGGUGAAUCCGGUUAAGAAUAAGUUGAUCUGACAAGCUCAGGCCAUUGGGGGUUUGUCUAUCAGGUGCUUUUGGGUUAAAUACUUCUAGAGAGUAAGUUCAGUGCUGGAAAAAGAAAAUUAAUCACAGCCUCUAUAAAGAUUUGGGGAGCUGACCUCUGAAUGCCAGCAGAGGGCUCUUAUUUCUCAUGUGUGGGUUUGUCCUGGUUUUGCCCACAACCCAUGACAUUUCAUACAGCACAGAUACCUGGUUCAUUUUGACAGAAACAAGAUCUCAACCAGGAAAAAAGACAAACGGGAGAUUGUUCAGGGUCCCCGUGGCAACGCAAGGUGGCACUGAAUGGGGCUGUGGCACCCGUCCUCUGCCCAUGUUGAGUUGGUGGGAUGCUCCCUUCUCUUGUAGCCCAUCUGGUGGAUGGUGGAACCCUUUCUUCAUGGUGCCUACCGACUUGUUAACUCGGCUUGAGACUUCAGUCAAUGUCUGUCUUGGGUGGAGAGGCUGUGAGUGAAAUCCUGCUGGGCCCAGGCUGCCCAGGUCCCCCCGCAGAGCCCAAGGUCAGGCACAGUUCCCUUCUGCUCAUUGUUCCUGCCAUCUGCUGCCGCCAGACCUUCUCCAGCAUAUUUGCCAAACCUUAAACUCCUGUUUGUA